CUCGUUGUUCGCUACUAACAUUAAAGUAAGAAAAGAAGAUAAAAGUUAUAAGCAUUCAUGAUGUUUAAAUUGAUAAAGCAAAGACAUUGUGGGUUAUUUGUUGAAAUGCUAAAUGAUCCAAACUUCAUUAAUAGAAAUUUAAAUUGCUAAUCAUAAGAAGCUAUAAAACACUAGUUGCACACUCAAGGAAUGGUGAAUCGUAACAUCGUUUCUUUGCAGAUGCGUGAAUCUCGAAGACGAGGAGGUGAUCGCUAUCCUAAUGACCUCGACUUCACCGAACAGUCAGAAAAAACGAAAGCUAAAGGAGGCCUCAAGCCCGAAUGUGAAGGAAUUGAGGCCGAACGCCAGGGUGGGCAAAUUGAGGAGGCUAGCAGGUGCUGAAGCGGGGACUCACAGUCAGCAACGUCGCCUCGAGGUGGCUCACUCGAAGAUCAGCAUCGACGGAGUGACAUAUUAUAAGUGCCGUAACUGUCCUAAGGCCCUAUCAACCUCGUACAACUACUUCGCCCACAAACGUAUACAUGCGCGCGAGAAACUUCUUACAUGCAAGAUAUGCAGCAAGAAUUUCACCGUCACGUCCUCGCUUACGCGCCACGUGCGUGAUGUCCAUGACAAGAUCAAGGAUUACGACUGUGGCUACUGUGAACGAAGACUCGCCUCACGUAUUGCACGCGACGAGCAUCAGAGAACCCACACUAACGAACGACCCCAUAUCUGCGAAACCUGCGGCAAAAGCUUUAGACAGCGAGCCUCCUUAUCGGUGCACAAGAGGUUCCAUUCCAAAAAUUUUUCGUUCAGGUGCAGCCAGUGCGGCCGAGCCUUUCCACGUAAGCAAGAUAUGGAAAGACAUGAGCUCACACAUACAGAUCAAAAGCCCUAUGGCUGCAAGGUCUGCGGUAAAAGCUUCAGAAGUUCCGCUUCUGCCAUUAGGCACAGACAAAGUCACGAUUCAUCAAGCAAAUACAUUUGCGAUGUUUGUGGCGACAGCUUCAGCCAAGAGAGAUACAUGAAGAGUCACAAAACGAAGAUGCACAAGGAUGAUCAAAUAACUCUGCCAAAGGAUACUUUGUAUACUUUUAAUUGCAGAGAUUCUACAACAAUCAAUAAAGAAUUGAAAUUGGUUCAAUCAGUCAUAUACAUGUAUGGAAUUUGUAGCGAGUUCUCCAAUAGAUUACAACGUGAUUGUAGUACCUUCAAAGAAUAUAAAAGAGCUUUCAGGGCUACUCUACCAGCUAAAAGGAGCCGCAAGAAAACUCCGAGCCCAUCGAAGUCAGUGAAAAAGAGGAGCAGUCGCUCAAUAAGGAAGAAGUCCAUGCAUAAAGUGACAAAAAUGAAGAUUACGUCAGAUGUCCACUGCACCUCUAUUAAUCUUGAGUCAAAGAGCUCAGAAUGCUUGAGUUUUGCUGAAGAAAAGUUCCAGGAUUUAACGGAAGCAGAGGCUGAGAUUGUCAAUAAUUCAGCUGAACUUAAUCAAUCACCAGAGGAGAACUCUAAGUCGAAAAAAUCUUGUCGUGGACGUAAUGGCUCAGGUCUCGAGUGCAGAGAGUGUAACAAAAAAUUUCGACUUUACAAUAGUUACCAGAUACAUAUGAGAAUACAUACGGGUGAAAAGCCGUAUACAUGCCACAUUUGUGGCAAGCAAUUCGGUCAAACUGGCAGCCUCUACUAUCAUCUUAAGCACGUUCACGGAGGUGUUAAGAAUCAUGCCUGUGAUAUUUGCGGGCGUUGUUUUGCAAUGAAAACGGCUAUGGAGGAUCACCGAAGGAUACACACAGGUGAAAGGCCCUAUAUAUGCGAUUCUUGUGGCAAGUCAUUUAAAACUAAGGCCUCAUUGUACAUACACAGCAAGAUACACACUAACGAGUAUCCCUUUAAGUGCUCUUAUUGCAAGAAACUCUUUAGAUGGAAGCAGCAAAUGAUGAAUCAUUUAACAACGCACACAGGCGAGAAAAAUCAUAUGUGUGAUAUUUGUGGCAAAGGAUUUGGUGUGAAGAAUGAGCUUACCCGACACAGACGUACGCAUUCGCUCGAUAAGCCCUUCACUUGCCAAAAAUGCGGAGUUAGCUUUGGACAAAAAAGAUACUUAACUAAUCAUAAUAGGACACGACACAAAACGAAGGUGACUAGCAAUUGACAAAUGUACAAUUUACGUUACAAUCUAAAUAAGGCAUUAAGAAAGAAAUUUUGUAUA